CCAGAGACCCUGACAAUGAAUUUUGACCAGAAGGCUGUGAAAUUCCUGGCAAAUUUUUACAUCAAUGGAGGCAAACACUGGAGCCAUGGCCCCCUGAGGCCGAAGUCCUCUGUGCCCACCCAGCCCAUGGCUGCUGUGCUGUUGUCAGGGCCAAAGGCCACCUGGGACAAGAUGCAGCCCCCAGCAACGCAGGAGUUCCCGGCAGGCCUUAGGGAGCAAGUGGGCCACCUCCAGGAACCCCCGCCCAUCUGCGCCCGGAACCCAAAGGAGCUGUGGCUAGAGCGACGCCCCCCUGUCGUGACCGACCUGGACAUCCCGGGCCCCACCAAGUACCAGGUGCCGGAUGCUUCCGUGCGAGAAUCCUCCGCGCACCCCAACUUCAGCAUCAGCCGCAAGCACCCCGCCCGCGAGGGCGGUGGCCGCAGGGCGUGGCAGACCGUGUGGUUCCAGAGCGAAAGCCCCUUCACACGGAAAACCGACUUUAACAGGGAGCGAAAGUGGCCAUCGCCCGCCGACUACUACCCACUCAGCGGACCUGCCUUCCCAGCUUUCAGCUUCGGGGGCCGCCGCCCCGCCUCCAAGGCAGUGGAGGCGCGCUCGCGACCCCGGAGGCCGCAGGUCUGGGGUGCUGGUCACUGUGCCCAGCCCCCGCUUCAGGUCCCACCGCAGGUCCCGGGCGGCGAGAAGCGCCCUAGCCCCAACACCUACGACAUCCUUCCCGGGAGCUGUCUGCAGACCCCGCGCCCCCCCGCCUUCUCCAUGAGCCGCUCGCCCGCGUUCGCGUCCUGGGUCAGCUCCUCCCGUAACCCCGGCCCAGCCACCUACUACGUGGAGGAUUGCUAUAACUCGCGCUUCCCCUCAAUACCCGGAGUGGUCAUCCAGGGCGAACGCAGACCCAAGCGCCAUGACACGGGCCCCUUCUGCACGCUUUAGAGCCUGCUGAACACAUCCUGCCCCGCCGGUUAUCACAUGGAGCCCUGCCUCCCUGGGGGCCUUCCCAGGUCUCCCUCUGGAACUCAGAGACCCCAGUCUGGCCUUCUGACCCUUUGCACACCGCUGAGCCACCCUCCUGCCUGGCUGACCCUUCUGUGAGCUGUGCUUGAGGAGAGGCCAGCUCACAGCCACCACCCCCCCUCCCCGCCAUCCCCCUGCUAUUAGAGGCGAUGUUGGUUCUUCCAAACUCUGUCUGCCAUCGUGGGCCUGUCUGCCAUUUCUCACCCCGUGAGCUGUCCUGCAGCUGUGGCCUGCCGCUGGUCUGUCAUGUCUGACUUUCCCUGACCAGGGGUCUCCCUUUGCUUCCUCUUAGGAGCUCUCUUCUCUAAGAUGGGUGGAGUGGCAGCCUGGGACUUCCUGGCUUGGGACAGUAUGGGAGGGGUCCCUCUGGGCAGUGCAGGACACAGCCACCUAGCCAUGCCACCCAGGGGACCGGGCCAGCUACCAGUCUACCCGAGGGUCAGGCUGCUUGCCGAGCAGAGGAACUGACUUUGGGGUGAAGGGGGGGCCAGAUUCCCUGAACUGCCAUCUUGAGGAGAAGUCGGCCUGCCCAGCCUCCUGGGAGGGCCCAGAGGACUAGCUUAUCAAGGCCUGACCCCAUUUUCCCCAGCCCCUGCCCAAAGACCCUGCGAACUGGCCCUGGGCCUUCCCUGGUUAUGGCCCUGUCCUGUGGCCUGGCCACUGGGCUAUCAGCCUGCUCUCCUACCCAGGAGUGGGCCUCAAGACUGCCUCCCUGCAGCUGCUGGUGGUUCCUGUCAUGGCACCAAUUCUUUCAGGGGUCCUUCCUGUGGCUCCCAUCCUCCCCCAUCCAAGCUCUGGGCCAGACCCCUUCCUGUUUCCUCUGCUAGAGCUCAGCCCCUUCAAAAAGGCACUGCAACAACUGCUCCCACAGUGGUGGCAUCAACCUUCUGCAGAGAGGACAAGGACCAGGCAGUCUGAGCGCACUCACCUAUGACCUCUAGGGCUGAACCAGCUGGGAGUUGAGCCGAAGCUCCCCUGGGAAUCAGAGUAGCGGGAUUACAAAUGGUCAUCAUUGGGCCCUGGGCUGCCCAGCUCAGCCAGUGGGCAACGGAGAGAGCUGUGGGAGCCCUGGCCUCAGGGGCUUGGCCCACGGUGGGGGGACCAGGAGCCCUGCUCAUAGCUGCACCACUAACAACCCCUUGGGCUCAAAGCCAGAAGUGGGACCAGCAGGAAGGAUGGAGCCAUUCCCUCCAGUUGGGCUGAGAGGGCUUCCUGGAGGAGGCUGUGGGGUAAUGGGCUUUCAGGGAUGAGCAAGAGUUUCCUGGGCAGCAGAAAAGGAAUUUCUAGUAGAGCAAACCUUGGAAACCGAGGCACAUGGAAAGGGAGAGGGUGUGACAUCUGCUGCGCUACGCUUGGGGACACUGGGCUGGUGGGCUGGAAGGUGAUCUGGAGGAGUUGGAGAGGCUGCAGCUCCUGGGUUGCAGGGCUUACACACUUAGCAAUAGGGAACCCACUGAGGGUGCAGAGCAGGGAGUGCCCAUCGGCCCUGUGAGCUGCUGGCACCGCUAAGGACAAGGGACACCACGAAAGCUAGGCCUCACAUUCACAGUCUCAGCCUGAGGGCCUAUCGAGUUGGGAUAGCCUGGGAGUUCGAUGCUCAUGGUGACGUGAGGUCAGCCAUCCCUUGUCCACUCCCACUGCAAGCCCAGGUCACUGCUGGGUGCCCGCCAUUGGGAGCACACGUGGGGGAGAGGAUCGUGCACCUGGUGGGGCCCGGGUGCAGGGGGCUGCUAGCGCGGCAGUGCUCCAUUUUUUCAAGCAAAAAUAUUCUGUCAACUGUAAAACAAAAUCGACUAGGUAUUCUGUCACCAAAAAUAAUUUAUUUGGGGAAAAAGAAAGGGCUGCAUUCGGGCAGACGCAGACAUGGUGAGCCAUUGCACGCACAGAACAGGACAAAGAUGAAGUACUUUAUACAGAGAAGAGGAAGUUAAGGAGCGGGGCUGGGACGCCAGGGCUCUUACGUAACCCUAGAGCUCUUCCCGUAGAGCUCUCCGAUGACGUCAGUGCGAGAGCUCCUCCCACAGGCACUCCCGAUACCCUCUAGCUUAAGGUCUGUCAUAAAUUUGAUCAUUUUUCAACGUCAAAAGGCUGCUGUGAGGUCAGAAACAGGACUUUUCACGAUUAUAAAAAUCAAAUAUACUCGGCUAAAAUGUCAGUUCUCAAAUUCUUCAAGUCGGCCACCCCCCCUUCUGUGCCCGCCCCCUCCCCCGUACUCCUUCCGGUGGGGCCCCACACACCCCGCCCUCUGCCCCCACCGGCCCCGGCGUGGGUUCUUCUGUGUCUACAGAGGAUAAGGCCAGAGACGGGGGUGGGCUGCAAACCUGGCUGGGCCCAGACAGCCGCCAGGCGGGAGGGAGGGAGGGAGAGCCGGCCCCGGGCGUGGCCCGCGGAUGGAGCGGGACCUGGGGGGCGGAGCCGCGCUGGUGGUUCGCGCUCUAUCUGGACGCUUU